AUGGGAAAGAACAAGCCUAAUGGAGAAUCAGACAAGAAGUCUGAGAAGAAGAAUCAGAAAAUUGGAGAUUCCGAUUCCAAUAACUCUGAUAAGAAUAAUCAAUGUAAAGAAAUUGUUUUGAAGGUUUACAUGCACUGUGAAGGAUGCUCUUCACAAGUUUCCCAUUGUUUAGAGGGAUAUAAAGGAGUUCAGCAAAUCAAGACAGAGAUUGGAGACAAUAAAGUCGUUGUGUCUGGGGAAUUCGAUGACCCAAUGAAGAUAUUACGAAGAGUGCAAAAGAAAUUCAGUAAAAAUGCUGAGUUAAUUACCCCAAAACCCAACCCUAUUCAAGAUAAGAAGAAGGAGCCACAACAAAAGAAAGAGAGUACUCCGCAGAUAAAAACUGCAACUUUAAAGAUGAACAUGCACUGUGAAGGAUGUGUUGAUGAAAUCAAAAGAGGCAUUGAGAAAAUGAAAGAAAAUACAAAACGCAGGGAGUAA